AUGCCUGCAAAACAAAGAAAAAUUGCUAUUAUGGGAUAUAGAUCCGUAGGGAAAUCGUCCUUAACCCUUCAAUUUGUAGAAGGGCAGUUUGUUGAUUCAUAUGAUCCUACAAUAGAAAACACAUUUACAAAAUUAUUUAGAGUCCAUAGUCAAGAUUAUGAGGUAAAUUUAGUUGACACUGCAGGCCAAGAUGAAUAUUCAAUUUUUCCAGCACAGUACUCAAUGGACAUUCACGGUUAUGUUUUAGUUUAUUCAAUUACAUCAGCCAAAUCUUUCGAAGUUAUACAAGUGAUAUAUGACAAAUUGUUAGAUAUGACUGGAAAAGUAAAAGUCCCAAUAGUGUUGGUUGGAAAUAAAACUGAUUUGCAUAUGGAAAGAAUGAUAAGCUCGGAAGCUGGUAAAAGGCUGGCAGAUUCGUGGAAAGCAUCAUUUUUGGAAACUUCUGCUAAAAAAAAUGAAUCAGUAGCUGAUAUAUUUCAUACUUUAUUAGUUGAAAUAGAAAGAGCAAAUGGUAAUGUUAAAGAAAAGGGUAAUUGCAUAGUAUCAUGA